AUGUCGCCGGCCACUGACAAGAAGGUUUCGUCUACGCGGAAGGCGAAUGUUGCCAAGAAGGUUGUCCAGAAGGGCAGCUCGGGUCAGCUGCGUGUGCGUAAGGUGCGCACCUCGGCUUCGUUCCACCGCCCGAAGACCCUCCGUCUUGCGCGCAACCCGAAAUACCCUCGCAAGAGCGCUCCCCACUUGCCGCGCACUGACGCCCACAAGAUUCUUCUUUUCCCUCUCAACACUGAGAGCGCCAUGAAGAAGAUUGAGGAGGUGAACACCCUGGUGUUCAUUGUGGACCGCAAGGCCAACAAGUACCAGAUUAAGCAGGCCCUGAAGAAGGUGUACGAUGUGGACGCUGCUAAGAUCAACACCCUCAUCCGCCCGGACGGCAAGAAGAAGGCGUUUAUUCGCCUCACUGCUGACCAGGAUGCUCUUGACGUGUCCAACCGCAUUGGUUUCAUUUAA